UCGCGUGCCCGCAACCCCGCCCCGCCCGGUCCGGGCUGCAAGCGCCCGCCGGCCGCUUCCGCUCUCGGCGCAGGCGCGGCAGCUCGGCCGGAGAGCGGCGGGGGUCGGGCGAGGAGCGGACGGCGCUGGCCAGGAUGGUGCUGGAGAGCGUGGCCCGCAUUGUGAAGGUGCAGCUCCCCGCGUAUCUUAAGCGGCUCCCAGUCCCCGAGAGCAUUACCGGGUUCGCCCAGCUCACAGUUUCAGAAUGGCUUCGGUUAUUGCCUUUCCUUGGUGUACUUGCACUACUUGGCUACCUUGCGGUUCGUCCAUUUCUCCCGAAGAAAAAGCAACAGAAGGAUAGCUUGAUUAAUCUUAAAAUACAAAAGGAAAAUCCCAAAGUGGUGAAUGAGAUAAACAUUGAAGAUUUGUGUCUUACUAAAGCAGCUUAUUGUAGGUGUUGGCGUUCUAAGACGUUUCCUGCCUGUGAUGGUUCACAUAAUAAACACAAUGAAUUGACAGGAGAUAAUGUGGGUCCACUAAUACUGAAGAAGAAGGAAGUAUAAUAGUAAUGAAUUAGAGUGGAAUUCAAUUGUGUGCUGUAAAAACUUAUAACAGUAUUUUUCCAUUCUUUGUUUAUAGAAGAUCUUUCAAAUGGUGGUCUUAAUUAUUGCUACUGGUUGAAUAAUUAUUUCUGCCAAUUUAUUUUCUUGUUACACUACUGUUUAUAUUUGAUACUUUGUAUAUUCAAACAGUCAUUUAUAUAAAAAUUAAAUUGUGCAACCCUUUCAUUCUGACUUCAAAGAAUUAAUGUAUCUUCCUACAAUAAAACCAACAUGUUUAAAUUUUAAUUGAGAAAGCUUUUGACAGUGAGUCCAAAGCUGUUUGUUUGAAUGUCAAUAUUUUCAAAAGAAACUGUACUUUAAAAAUUUCUCUCUACAUUAUUAAAUAUAUUAUUUUUUAGUGCU